UUAAUUUUUUUCAGACUUUCGGUGAGAUCUCUCCCUCAAUUCGAUCCUCUCUUUGAUUUCGUUUUCGUUCCUUCAUGCCCCACCCUCAAUUCGAUCCUCUCUUCAAUUUGAUCUCUUCCCACAUUCACUCUUCGAUUUCGUUGUUCACGCCUAUUCACUCUCAUCUCGCUGUGGGUCUCAAACCUCUCUUCGAUUUCAUUAACGCCCAAGGUCAGAAAAAUAACUCCCUUGGUUUUUGUUCAAACUAAAGUCUCCAGCCUCUCUUGUUUUCGUUCUCAUCUCGCUUUCUGGUUUUCGUUCGCGUCGAAAUUGGUCGUUGUCCAUGAAUCAAGUGUAAUGUUACGGACUUCAUGUUAACAUGGAGAAGGUGGAAGAUGUUUUGUUACAUCAUAAGCUUCUUUCCCUAGAAAAGGUUCCAGAUAAGUGCCCUGUUUAUCACAUUCGUUUUCUAGAGGGGUUGAGUGCUCCAUAUCUCCAAAGCACACCCACUGUGUUGUUGCAGGAGGUGGAGCCAUUCAGCCACAACCUGAGGACCAUAGGCCUUUGUCUUGUUCCAAUCUUGUGUAUGCUGGAGUUGCACGGAGCAACGAUGCAAAUAUUUGGGCUACUGAAGACAAUUUCUCCAAAUUUGAGAAGCACAUCUCACCCUUCAGCUGACCAUAAAAUCAACGCUCAGCAGCUUCUGCAUACGGUUGCUAAAAAAAGGAUAAUUAUAUAACUAGUUAUUUUCAUAUCUAAUAUAAUUUUAUAACAAAUUUUCCCUCCGGAAGAGUAGGAAGAUGAAUAUUGGUAUCAAUAAUUUGGCAUGGUGGCUGGAAAAUGUAAUUCUUCGAUCUGUUGUUACAAAAAAGAAUAGGUAGAGUUAUGAAUCUCCAGAACAUUCUAGUUUUAACUAGUGAAGAAGAAGGGUGUAGUUUAUUAUCUUUGUAGUGUAUUUGGUGUAUUAAAUGGUGGAAAUGUGUAUAUUGUGAACGAAAUUAUAUGAUGAGAUCCGAAAGAAAAAAUUCAUGGUAGAGUAGCAUUUGCUACCUGCCUAGGUAAAAAGCAACUUUUCAUUUA